GACGAACGACGACGACGACGAGCUUAAUGGAUAAUAAGGAGAACCCAGUCGAGCAAUUACACCACCCAGAGGCAGCUGCAGUUGUUGAGGAUCAAAAUGAUGAUAAAGGUGCAGGUCAAAGGGCGUUGUUAGCUCAAAAGUUAAAGCAAACUUCUAACUCAUUUGUUUCACCAACUGAUAACCUGAUGACACCCGUGACUGCAAAGUUAGCAAAUCACAAGAAGAAGAACUUUUCAAAAGCCAAGCCUGUUCAGUUGACUGAUAGGUUUCAAUCAACCCUACCAACUGAUUCUCCCCAAUCAGUGAAGAGACAUGACAAUCCAUUUGAUCAGUCGGAAUCAUCAAACUAAUUUAUAUAUUUUUUUGUACAUUUUAGUCUUUAUUUCCCUAUACACACCUUCUUCUU